AUGGAUCUAUAUAUUACUCGACAUGGACAGACUACUGGAAAUGUGCAAAGAAUUCUUCAAGGCCAGCAGGGUGGAGAAUUAACGCCAAUAGGAUUUGAGCAGGCCACAAAACUUGGAAACCGCCUAAAAAAUGUAAGAUUCCAUGCAAUCUAUUCAAGCGAUCUUAACAGAUGCCAGCAAACCCUUUCACAAAUAAUUCUUCAUCAUAACUAUUUAUCACCGAUAUUAGACCCAAGACUAAGAGAAAAAGGAGCCGGAGAACUAGAAGGGCAGCCCCUUGGAACCACUGAUAAGCUAGCCAAGCAACAAGGAGUUAAUUUAAGAGCUUUCAGACCUAAUGGAGGCGAAGCCUGAAUUGACGUAAUGGAAAGAGCUAACUCCCCCCCCCCCCCCCCUCCGUGAGCGAACAAAACCAUUAGAAAAAUCGCCAUUUUUUGACCAAAAACCCACCCUCCGUGAGUGAACAAAAAUUUUUUUAAUAGAAAAAAUUUUAAUGGAAAAAAAAUUUUGAUAUAUAAGUGAUAAUUAGUAUAAUGAAAUCUAGAGCUAAUUCUGUUUAAUUUUAAACAAAUUGCGUUUUAAAACAUAAAUUUUGCAAAUUAAAUUAAUAUUUGCUUCCCAAUUUUUUGCGAAUUAGGAUUUUUUUAAAUUUCGAAAAAAAUAUUUUUUAUAAAAUUUAUAUAUAAAUUUUUUUUUAAAAAAAAAAUUAACCCCCCUCCGUGAGUGAACAAAAUUUUUUUGUUCGCUCACGGAGGGGGGGGGGAGUAAAGAAUUUUUUAAUGACUUAUGCAGAAAUCAUAUGAGGGAAGAGUCUAAAGAAGCCCUCAAAAUUUUGGUCGUUUCUCAUGGAGGCUGAAUAAUGGAGUUUUUAAACGUCAUUAAGCAACUGAAAGGGCAACCUCCUGUAUAUGCCAAUAUAAGUAAAAACACUGCCUUAUAUGUAUUGCGAGUCAGAAAAAGUGGUAAAAACCUCACUGUAAAUAUUGCAGUCGAUAAUGAUAUAUCGCACUUAACUCCUACAAAAGGAAAAUUAAAAUCAGUCAAAUCGAAAUAG